UAACGGCUAGCUAACAGGAGCUGACGGUUUAGCUUCUCUUUAGCUUCUCGUGCUAACGGGCGUUGCUCAGCUGACAGUCGGACCGAACCCGCCGGUUUAUGAUGCGUUAUGUAACGUUAUAACGUCCUUAUUCAGGUACUGCUCAGCCAAAACGUUAAAGCCUCGAUUUUAAUGGUUGUCAACUUGGGAGUUUUCUGUCGGAGAGAGAGAGAUGGGAUCCGGGGCCGUGGAUUCGUCCCAGUGGCUGUCGGUGAAGGAAGAGACGAUUUUCCUUCACGAUGGGCUGAUACGGGUCACGGAUCUGGCCGAAUUACCCAGCGAGGUCGGUGUUUCUGAGCAGGAGGACAUCGAGCAGGAGUUCCUGACCUUCGAAACCAAGAAUCCAGUCGAGCUCGCCGAGCGUCUGCGUUCCGUCUGCGGCAACCAGAGCAACGCCUACGCCCGGCUCCUGGAGUACCGCCUCAACGCCCUGCGCGGCCUGUGGGGGGCGCAGCGCCAGCUCGCCCUCGAGGAGCAGCAGGACCGUGAGGGCACGUCGACCGCGCCCGGCGCCGGAGGCAGCGCCGACGAAGAGGCGCUCACUCUCCUGAAGCGUCAGGGCCUCCUGCCCCAACAGCACCUGCAAACCCACCACCACCCGCCACUGAGCGCCGGGUCGGACCAUGCGCCCUUCACGUCACGCGUGGGCUUACUGCUCAUCUUCCCCCUGCUGCAAUCGCAGACCCGCCUCGACCCGGCGCUGGGCGGCGUCACCGCCGAAGUGCUGCUGGCCUGUCUGCGCGACUGCCAGCCUCUCAGCCUGGGCAAGGAACCCGCCGACUGCCUCAACGGCCUGGAGGGUCUGUUGUCCUCCUGGCUGGGGCAGAGGGGUGAGCAGGGAGGGGCGGCGCAGGAAAGGCCACUGCUGACCCAGAGGCAGAGGGAGAACGCGGCCGCCGCGCUUGUGGCGCUGGCGUGUGCCAGGGGCUCUUUGAAGACUUUUAUCCACACGGUUCACCUGCUGCAAAACCAGACGGAUCUAAGCCAGCUACCCGUGGCCGACGUUCUCUAUAGACUCGCUCUUCUGGAAGGUGGCCCCGGCUCUCCGUCCUGUCUGCUGGGGGGGAAGCACAACGUCUCGUGGGGCUUCGAGGACAUGCUCCCCACUCCCGAGUGUAGUUCUGCAGGAGCGGAGGGUAAAGACUUGGACCUGGGACGCAGCCUGGCGACAGACGGCCUCUACCUCUACACCACCAACUCACUCGGAAGGGGUUUGAGCAAGCUGGGCUCGGGACUGCAUGGCACUCUGAGGGGUUUUGUUUACUGCAGAAAUGAAGAAUUAGAAGCCGGUUGGGUCGUGCACAGCGGCGGUCACCUGCUCCAUCGUCCGGCCUCCUCCGACACUAAACCCCAACAGUUCUGCCAGGUCAUCGACCCCCAUACGCUACAGGUGUGCCAGACCGUGCCCAUGCCCCCUCACCACUCUGCGGUCGGCGGCAGUACCACCACGCUGCACCUGUGCUCCGACGGAAGCUACGUCUACUGGGUGUGGUCACCCGCCGGCCUCAACGAAAAGACCCAGAAGGGCCACUCAGUCUUCAUGGAUGUCUUCCAGUUAAAGACUGAGUCUGGACAGUGCGUGGUCAGUCCUGUGUGCGACCAGGUCAUCCUGUCACGGAAAGAAGGGGAGUCGUCCAAGUGUCUGAACGAGCUUCUGUUAAGCCGCAUGUCCCGUUUCCGCGGUUCUCACUCGGCCACGCUCGCCGCCCUCUCCGGCUCCACCAUCUCCAACCCCGUUAAAGAGGAGCAGUCUGUAGUAAAUGCUAGCUGUGGUCUUCCUUUAAAAAUCUUGAGGAAAACGCCCAUGUUCGUGUGCGGGACCUACCUGGUUAUGCUGGCGUCCCCUCCCGGCGCGGCUGGUAAUUCAGCCACUCGCUCACUUUUCGGCGGGUCCAGCAGCUUUUCCUCUAUGAAAAUUCUGACGUCUAAUCUGGUGUUUAACCUGUCUGAUGGUGAGUUCAUCAGUCGUGUAGACCUCAUCGAUGCUCCUGGAAGCUCUCUGGGUCGUGGGGCUCAAGUAGCAGGACUAGGAGCCUGCUACGACGCUCUCAACAACUUGAUAUGGACGUGCUCCAGCGACUACAUGGAUCAGUGGUCUAAUCCUGGCAAUCAAGCUUUUCAUCACGUGUGCAAAAGGCUCGGGGUCAGCCACGUCAUCAGAGAACCCAAAGGAGAGAUGGUGAAGACAGGUGAAGUAAUCAGCCAGCUGCUACAUCACAUCGGUGCCAUGUGCAUUCACCAGCUGAACCUCCUGGCCGCCAGCGGCAGCCUGCCUCAGAGCUCCUUCCUGAGCAAGCAGCCGAUGGAAGCCUGGCACUUCGAUGCCAUCUGCGACAUCAUGGAAAAAGCCAUGGUGAAUUCGGACACCUGCAUCAUCCGCUGCAUCCUCGUAGUCUUUCAGGUGGUGUUUCGGUUUUUUAAUCCCCCGUUGGAGCACAGCCGAGAAAGCCUGAAGCAUUCCAGAUUGCUUUUGUGGCAGCUUCUGAUGGCCCCCGUUGAUCAGAUUGGGGAAGAAAUUCAAAAAGAAGUCUGUCUAGCCAUCAGCGCGGGGUUGAACGUUCUGUAUCAGGGUGAACUGGAGCUGAACAACCUGUUGAAACUGGUUGUUACUGAAGGGGAGAGAAACAGCUGUCUGUCACAAUUACGCGAUAUUAUCCUCAUCAACCUCGCUGACCAGCUACAAAAGAACCGCUUCGGAAGUGAAGACGAUGAACAGUACAGGUUGAGUGAUGAGUUGCUGCAGUGCAUCCUGAAGACGGUAGUACGUGAAUCCUGCCUCCUCAUCACCAAGUGUCAAACGGUCGCCCCGGACGAUCUCCAGAAACUUCUGUCCACCGUGCCUGUGGCUUCACCGAGUUUGCGUUACAUCAUGUCGGUUCAAAACCACCUCCUCAGCAACAUCGUCCUGCUCCGCCCCGACGACAGCGACGACAGCGACCACUCCAUUCAAGGGGAAACAAUGAAGGUACAGGAACUGCAGACCAACAUCUUGUCCCUGGCAUGUAAGAUUCUGGUGGGAUGCGACGAGGUGUUGGAGAAGCUCCUGCAGGUCACCACCGCCCUCGUCAACUGUGAUGUCAGCGAUCGAGAAAGCAGACUGAAAGGACUCGAGCAGGUCAUCAAAGCCACCAUGCUGGGUCAUUUGCUGCCGGUACUGCUGACCUCGCUGAUGCAUCCCAACCUGCAAACUCUGCUACUGGCUGAUGCCCUCAUGGCACAACUUGUCCAGCUUGUUCUCUACACCAGUCAGACCGCUCUUCUUUUGAAGACCCAGUCCCCGUUAGUUUUCGAGGGCUCUCCGCAGAGAAGCGAUCCGCUGAAAUGUGCCGCUAAGCUGUCCAACGAUGACACUUUUGGGAUCCUUGACGAAAAGGAGGAGCCAGGCUUCCUGACCGGGCUCAGGAUCCCCGCUCCGUGGGCUGCAGGGAAGACCGUGGAGACGGUCCAUCCAGUCCGGGACAACUACAAAUUUAAAGAGACUGUCCAUAUACCCGGCGCUCGCUGUCUGUACCUGCGCUUCGACCCUCGCUGCUCUUCACAGUACGACUACGAUAAGCUCGUCAUCUACGCUGGUCCCAACACGAACAGCCGCAAGGUGACGGAGUACGGCGGCAACACCUUGGGCUACGGCAGUCGCAGCGUCCUGGGCACCGGCUGGCCAAAAGAUCUAGUCAAGGUGGAGGGAGACACCGUGACAUUUUCCUUUGAGAUGAGAAGCGGCCGUGAGCACAACACACCGGACAAAGCCAUGUGGGGUUUCGCCUGCACCGUCCGAGCACAGGAGUCAUCAGAGGAUGUAUCCGGAGGUCUGCCGUUUCUGGCCGACCUGGCUCUGGGCCUCUCGGUUCUGGCCUGUUCCAUGCUACGCAUCCUUUACAACGGCCCGGAAAUCACGUGGGAGGAGGAGGCCUGCCAUGAUCUCCUCUCCUCUAAACUCCUGCAGAGAUGCCAGUGGCAGGUGGAAGCCAACGGCGCCAUCUCUCCCGCUCUCACGCCCUCGCCCUCUCCCCUCCCGCUCACCAUCGACGAGGACCGGGAAUUCACCUACCCCGCAGACGUGCUCAUCCUCCCUCCAGGCCUCACCUCGGGCGUCCACUACGACCUGCCACGUAUACGCCUGCCCCCGGGCAUAAUGGGGCGUCUGAGGGAGCUCUCUGGAAGGGCUCGUCCACAGUUCAGACCCAGCAUCAAAGAGGUCAUUCGACCGGAUGUGAUGGAGGAGAUGAUCGUGUCCUGUGUGAUAAAGCACUUGGGUCUGAUAGACUCACUGCAGUCGCUGGUGAACUUCCAGCUAAGAGAGGAGCACAAGGAGGAGCACGAGCUGCUCUGUAAGAUCAUGUCUGAGACCUUUAAGAAGAUUAAUGCCAUCGAGAGGCAGCUGCAGUGUGUGGCCGAGCUCGAGCAGAAGUGGCAGAGUGAAGUGGACGAGGCCCAGCAGGGAAGAUUAGAGAAUAACACACCCUUCUUUAAUGACUACCACUUUUUUGAGAGCAAAAUGAAGGAGCUGGAACUUCUGUGUUCUCUAAAGGAGGUUCCAUUAGACCAAAGUGAUAAAGAGAACGCCGUCAUCACCUUAAGGGAGAAAUUUUUCCAGGAGGUCAAUACCACGCAGCAGUCCAGAACGGCGCCCCCUCUGGUCAAAACCAAAUCCUUAGUGAAGAGCUUAAUGAAUCGCUCAGAGCUGCUGUUGCACGUCACGAUCGCCCCGCACAGUCGGAGCCUGGCCACAACACCUACCAACACGCAGGUCUGUAAACUGGCAUCAGACACCAAGACCUUGGUUCCCAGCGUGAAGCAGCCGGUGUUCCUGCGCAGUCUGUCCGCUCCGUCCGACCUGGAAAUGAUCGCAAACCAAGAUCUGGAGUUCACACACGGAACACAGAGGAGGCGCCAUUACCCCACCAGUCACAGAAGCUGCUCGUUCACUCUGCUCCAGUCCCUGGCUUUUGAGGUCAGCAGCGACAAACCCACGUACAGCGUGCUCCUGGGGCAGCUCUUCGCCUUCAUCGGGACGACGCCGGACCAGGCAGUGUCCAGUAGCAGCUUUCUGGCCGUGGCUCAAACCCGCUGGAGAAGGGGCAACACCAGGAAGCAGGCUCUGAUCCACAUGAGAGAGCUACUGACCGCCGCGGUUCGAGUGGGAGGCGUGACCCACCUGGUCGGUCCCGUCACCAUGGUGCUACAGGGCGGGCCUAGGAUCGAAGAGUUGACCUGUGGCGGGAUGGUGGAACAGGUUCAAGAGGCCUUCGGAGAAACCAUGACCUCUGUCGUGUCUCUGUGCGCCAUGUAUCCAAUAGCGUGCGCCAACAGCAUCGGACUGCUCUGCACCAUACCUUACACCAGGAACGAGGAGCAGUGUCUGGUGCGCAGCGGCCUGGUGAAGCUGAUGGACCGGCUGUGCAGCCUGAGUAACCAGAGAGACUGCAGCUUCAACGAGAAACAGACCAAGAAGCAGAAGGUGGCCACCAUGGCCUGGGCUGCGUUCCAAGUGCUGGCUAACCGCUGCAUUGAGUGGGAGAAGGUUGAAGGUGGCUGCACAAACGCAGUGCAUUCUGGGCUGGCCCGGCAAGUUUCCAGUCUGUUAACCAAUCACCUGGCGAGAGCUACAGAGUGCUCCGGUAACCAAGCAGCCGGAAAUAACGCUCUACAGGACGUCCUCAGUCUGCUCAACGAUCUGUCCAGGAGUCAUAUAGGCAAAGCGAUCCUCAGCCAGCCAGCCUGUGUCUCCAAGCUCCUGUCGCUGCUCCUGGACCAGCGUCCGUCUCCCAAACUGGUGCUGAUCAUCCUGCAGCUGUGCCGGGCCGCUCUGCCCCUCAUGAGCGUGGAGGACUGUAGCAACGUGGUGCUGCCACCCUGGAGCUACUCCAUCAGCGCCCUGGACACCGAGCAACAAGACGCCGGCGACCCAGCGUCUCGCAUCGCGGCGCUGUUGUUAGCCAAGCUGGCGGACUACGUGGUGCCAGGCUGUCAGACCCUCCUGUCCCCCGCUUCAUCCAAAACAGACCCCAGGCUCGCCUGGGCAGGUCCGAAAGGCCUGGUCAAAACCGACCCUGACCCCACAGAGGAGGGAGAGGCCGUGGACGGUAAACUGUCCGUCUACAUACACAAACGAGAAGACCAGUCCUCCCAUGAGGUUCUUCAACCGUUACUGAGCAGCUCAGAGGGUCGUCCUUUUCGACUUGGGACUGGAGCCAACAUGGAGAAGGUGGUGAAGAUGGACAGAGACAUGACCAAGACCGGGUUCUGUGAAGUGGUGACAGAAGAGGCCUCGGCAGCCCUGCGUAAGGCCAACAGGUGGGCUCAGUCGGGGCUCAUUGUGAGUAUGGGACCCCCGGCAGAGACGCUCAUCGAAGAGGCUUCGGGUGGAGGCAGCACCGGAGACAAGAAGAAAAGCGCCCAGAUUGUUGUGUGCAGGGACCGAAACGCCGAACUGUCACGGUCUGACCCAGUCCGUCCGUUCAUCAGCGGUCACGUGGCCAACAGCAUGGCUGCAGAGGUCAUCGCCCUUCUCCACAGUCUUCUAACGGCACCGGAGUCGAACACGGCCCAAAUCUGGACCUGUACAGUCGAAAAGGUCCUGUCCAGGGCCCUCAUGUACAUCCCUCAGCUGGGAAAAUACGCAGAGAGCAUUUUAGAGGGCGCCAAUAGCAGCGGGAAGAAACUGGCCAAGCUGCAAGCCAUCAGCAAACAGGCUGUGGCAGCACUGUGCGCACUGGGUGGCUUCAAAGAGACCAUCAAGAUUGGAUCAGAGGUGCAGGUAGUAGGUAAGGGCUUGCAGGGAAGCGUCGGAGUCGUCAUGUCCAUAAACGAGCAGGAAGGAAUCGCGACAGUCAAGUUUUCCACUAGCGAAUACUACCAUGACUGUAAGGCCUCCGACAUUCUGACCGUUCCCGUCUCCCGCCUCUGCACGCCACGAUCUGAGGCUUUGCCUCUCUGUAAGCUGUCCAUCACUGAGAAGGUCGUUCAGGCGGUGCAGUCCAUGCUGCUACCACAGGACGGCAGUCUGUCCAUCCAUACGUCUCUACCUGCCUCCGGAGACGGCUCCAGCCCGGUCAUGGCUGCUGUCCGCCUGCUGGCUGAGAUAAGGACCAGAUCGUGUCUGUUAAUGGCUCAGCUGCUGGAGAACAGCUCCUUCUGUGAAGAGUUUAUCCAGCAAUGCCCCGCUGCUCUAGAGGUUCUGAACUUGGUGGCACAGGAGUGCAGCCCUGGUGAGCGACUGGGUGUGAUGGAAGCUCAGUGCGAGAGACUCAGAAUGUUGUAUCGUGACUGCGCUCGCCCUGCUGCUCCUCCUCUUCACAUCGACAGAAGAAAGCCGAGGCCAAUCACAUGGUCUCCGUCGCGUGCCUUCCCCCCAGUCCGUGCCUGUAUGUUCUCCUACCACUUGACUUCUGUGACUUUCCUGGCAGACCCCAGUGCAGGGGGUGGUCUACCCAGAGGCACCUUCAUCUAUGCAACGUCUCCGGUUCCCGUUCAGGCUCCGUCGUUUUACUGGGAGAUAGAAAUAAUAUCGUACGGAGAUUCUGAGGACGACAGCGGACCCAUCGUCUCCUUCGGCUUCAGCACGGAAGCAGAAAAGAGAGACGGUGCAUGGACCAACCCUGUUGGCACCUGUCUCUUUCACAAUAAUGGGAGAGCUGUACAUUAUAACGGCUCCAGUUUGCUCCAGUGGAAGAGCGUAAGACUGGACGUGGCUCUGCUUCCCGGAGACGUCGCCGGGAUAGGCUGGGAGCGUUCGGAGGGCACACCUCCUCCCCCGGGUCAGGCUGCUAAAGGCAGGGUGUACUUCACCUACUGCGGUCAGCGCCUCAGCCCCUACCUGGAGGACGUAGCUGGAGGAAUGUGGCCCCUAGUCCACAUCCAGAAGAAGAACACCAAGGUCCGCGCCAACUUCGGGUGCCGCACGUUUGCCUACGCGGAGGGGCAGGCCCACCGGAACGCCGCCGAUCUGUGCGUGGAUCUGUCGGAGGAAAUAAGCGCCAACUUCGAGGCCCUUCCUUUCGCCAUGGCCUCGGACAGCGACGACGCCGGUACCAGCGUGGCGUCCGACUCCGGCUCCCACGGUCCUCCGUGCCGCAUCGCCGCCGUCUCCACCGCUCAGUCACAGUACAACAGCGACGCUUCCUGCUGCUACAGACUCGAGCUGAGCUACGAGAACCUCGUGACCUCAGGCCCCAACCCGCACCCUCCACCCAUCGUGGACGACGACAGCGACGACGAGGACGACGACGACGUACCAAGGGAGGAUUACUACGCCCUUCUGGUGAAGGCGUGGGAGGCCAAAGUUUUCCCCACGAUCCGACGCCGCUUCAGGAACGAAGCAGAGAGGAAAUCGGGUUUAGAUCAGAUCAAGGGAGCGCUGCAGCUCGGAAUGGUGGACAUCGCGCGACAGACAGUGGAGUUCCUGUACGAGGAGAACGGUGGAAUUCCUCGUGAUCUCUACCUCCCCACCAUCGAGGACAUCAAGGACGAAGCCAGUAAAUUUACCAUCGACAAAGUCCGCAAAGGGUUGACGGUGGUCAUACGCUGCCCCGACAGCAACAACACCGGCAGCAGCACAGGAGGAACCGCCAUACCGAAGUUUGCCAUACGGGGAAUGCUUAAAACGUUUGGUCUUCACGGGGUGGUGCUUGAGGUAGAUUCUGUGAACGAUUUGGUCCAGGUGGAGACGUACCUACGCAGUGAGGGUGUGCUGGUCAGGUACUGGUACCCUAUUGAGAUGCUCGAGCGCCCACCAGCGGGUUCCCGCAGAACCGCAGCGAAUGGCAUCGUGUCUCUGGACAGCAGCAACAUUCAGAUUCACAGGGAGCUGUUACGAUGUGAGAGCGCUUUAGCUCGUCUUUACUGUCGCAUGGCGCUGCUCAAUAUCUUUGCACCUAAGAGUCCUCACACCUUUACACGCCUCUUCCACAUCCCAGCUGUGCGCGACAUCACCCUCGAACAUCUGCAGCUCCUGUCCAACCAGCUGCUGGCUUCACCUCUGCCAGACGGCUCUAUCAGCUCAAAGUCCAUCUCACUCGCCCAGUCCAUGUUACACAACCCCCAGGGUCAGACCUGCUCCCCGACCGAGCUCUUCUACCAAGGUAACGCCCAGAGCAUCCGAGAGUGGCUGACCGUGGCCAUCAGCAGAGCCCUGCAUCAGGGCGAGGACAGCCUGCUGGAGCUAACCAAGCAGAUCUGCGGCUUCCUCCAGAACACUUCGGAUCAGUUCACGUCGGAGGAGUUCCCUGUGUCAGAGUCCAAGCUCAGCGUGGACGUCAACUUCCCCGGGGCGGCAUUUGUGAUCGUUUCCUGUAAAGAGAGCCAGUUUGGAUGCUACAAGGACUCGUCGCUCUAUAAGGCUCCGUGGACCCGCGUUAUGAUGUAUGGUCUGGGGCACAAGGUACGACGUAACGGGCAGCUAAAUCUUAUAGAGGCCGUCUGCUACCCUCUGGAUGCUUCUCCCUCUAAUACAGGACUUACGCCUCCUCCAAUCACAAAUCAGUAUCCCAGCAUCAUUCUCGCCUCCGACAGAGUUCAUGUGAAACUGGGAGUGUCUCCACCGCCCGGCGCGGUCCUGGUGCUUCACUCUCUUCCUGUCGAGUUUCCUUUGGCCAUGGCCUUUGCGGAACAGCUGCUGACCCUGACGUGUGACGAGAGCAGUAGAAGAUCUGAGGAAGAUCUCGACACGGUGCCUACAUCUGUGCUUCUACAGGUCGUGGAGCUAAUGGGUGGCCUUCUGUGGACGACUGAUCUCGCUCCGUGUAUAAAGGAGCUCAUCUUCCACCUGCUCGCCGAGCUGUUCCGCAAGAUCCAUCACCUGGAACAGUGCAAAGGUCCGUCAGGCCUGUCCAGCUCCAUCGCUCUGCUUCUCAACCCCUGCCUGGCGGUCCUCAUGGCUCUCCAGACGGAGCUCCGAAAGCUUUACGAUCACGAGACCCAGAGCUGGGGUCUGGCCGGCGGGAGCGGCGGAUCCCUGACCCUGGCCGCCGAGCAGAGCCGCUUCUCGACGUACUUCCACGCCCUCAUGGAGGUGUGCCUGGCUGUCGCGGAGGUCACUCUGUUGCUCAACGUCAGCGGCGCGACGUUGGCGGUGAGCCAGUCGUCGUCCGGCGCCCCGAACCUGAGCGAUUCCUCGUCCUCCUCAUCGUCGUCGCCGGGCCAGACUCCGCAGAGCCCGAGCUUGUUAUCCAAACGCAAGAAAGUCAAGCUGAAGCGAGAGCGCGUGGCGACGGCCGUGACCGCCUCGGCGCCGGGAAAACGGGGCCCUGCGAGGAUUUCUGAAAGCGACGGCGCUUUGCUAAGCGUGAGCGGCGGGAAGCCAGAAGAUAUGCUGUGGUUCCACCGCGGGCUGACCUUACUCAUGAUCAUACGCCACCUUACCAAGAAGGACCCUCAGGGUUCGAGCGUGACCGGGGACGCGAUCGCAGACGCCUGCCAAGCUCUGGUUGGUCCGACCGCCCACGGCCGCCUGUUGGUCCUGUCCGGCAUUCCGACCCACCUGGAAGAAGCCGUGGUCCGGAAUGCAAUCCGGAAGGCUUGCAACGCUCACGGAGGCCUCUUCAAAGACGAGAUCUUCAUUCCGCUUCAGGACAAAGACCUCAAGCGGUCUAAAGAAGCUCUGGUCAGAACUCAGAGCCUGGGACCUCAGGACGGUAGGGCGGAGACAAUUCAUCCAGGCAGCGUGGAAAGCCCAGGAGCUCCACAGGUGGUCUCUACGGUGUCCAGUCAGGAAAGCCUGGAGAGCUCACUGGGGAGCUUCGGGGAGCAGAUUGAUAGUGGAGACACGGCCACGGUAUCGGAAGGGGGAUCAUCGGUCGACAACAAUGCCAGCGAGGCGUGUACGAUUAAAGGCUAUGCUGUUAUAGAAGUACGGGCGAGGGCUAAACUGGAAAAGAUUCGCGCGAGUCUCUUCAACAGCAGCGACCUCAUCGGCCUUUCCAGCCUCAAAAGCGAGGAGGAUUUAAUGGAGAUGACGAGCGAAGAGAUCCUGACCGCGUCCAGCGUCAAUCAGAGCCUGUUCGAUACGCAAGGCAGCUCUGCUCUCGAGGACUUCUUUCUUCGUAAAACCAUCAGAGGUGAUAAGCUGGUUUCCAGGGUUCGAGAAGUGCUGGCAGACAUCUUUAAGAGCUGCGUUCACUCUGAACAGGUGCUAAGCCUCACGCCGACCAAGCCGGUCAAGGCGUCGGACAUUUAUCUGAGUAAAGAGCAAAUCAACGCUCAGACGCCCGGUAACCUGCUGCACGUUUUCUUCAACCACGUACGAGCUUCUAAGAAGCUGCUGGAGGAUCAGCUCACUCAGAUUUUUCGUAAAUAUGGCACAGUCAAGGCCAACAAGUGCAAAUACAGCAAAUCAGGCAAAGAGCAGCACCAGGGCAAAGUGGUCAGUACCAAGAGAGCCGUUACCAAACCACCUAUGAAAGAGAAGCCAGUUCCUAACAGUGUUCGUUCUGCACUAAGUGAGAAGAAACCGACGCUGAAGGUGAAGUCUCCAGAGAAAGCUCGGCCUGUAGAAAAAGACCCCGAGACGCCGCCUACCAAGAAGCAAGAAGUGCCAGAAGAAAGGUUUCUAACUCUGGAAGGUUUUCUGAAGUUCACGUUUGACCGGGCCAGGCAGGACAUUCGAAGUGUUUGGAGGGCUUUACUGGCGUGCGGUUAUGACCUGCACUUUGAGAGAUGCUCAUGCGUGGACCCCAGGCACGCCCAAAAAAGCAGCAGGAAGUGGACUUUAGAGAUGGACUUUGCGCUGGUCCGGUACGUCAAUCGCCUGUGCCGCCACCUGGCCAUCACCCCCGCCCGCCUACAUCCUCAUGAAGUCUUCCUCGACCAAAGUGAUGCCGCAGACCCCCGAGUCUCGUGCCUCUUAAGCGUCCCUGUGGAGAGUCUGCGUCUGCGCUUCGCCCUCCUGCAGAGCCUCAACAACAACCUGGAGAACUUCUUUCUACCGCUUGUGGAGCUGAGGCAGACCCAGACGUAUCAGAACAGCAUCGCCGCACUGCUGUCUGAUGCUAAAGGUCUUAUUUAUUACGACACCAAAGUGGCCGUCAUGAACCGGAUGCUGAACGCGACCGUGCAGCGCACCGCCGACCACGCCGCCCCCGAGAUCACGCUGGACCCCCUGCAGUUAGUAGGAGGCGAGGUCCGGUCCUCGGAGAGAACGUAUUUCUGCCAGGCGGCCAAUCAGCUCUCGAGCGUCCCGUCGUCUCAGCUGUGCGUCAGGUUGGCGAGCGGAGGGGAUCCCACCUACGCCUUCAACAUCCGCUUCACCGGGGAGGAAGUUCACGGCACCAGUGGUUCAUUUCGUCACUUCCUGUGGCAGGUCUGUAAGGAGCUACAGAGCUCUGCGCUCUCUCUCCUCCUUCCAUGCCCCAGUUCACCCAAUAAUCGCAAUAAGGGGAAGUACAUCCUGACACCCUGCUUCAUCAGCUACGCUGAAGAGCAGCUCCUGCACUUCUUCGGCCAGCUGCUGGGCAUCGCCAUCCGCGCAGACGUGCCUUUACCUUUGGACAUGCUGGGCUCCUUCUGGAAGGGACUAGUGGGUGAUGAUUUAGACCCAGACAAAGACCUGCAGGAGGCCGAUUUCAUUACCUACAACUACAUCAGGAAGCUUGAAAUGGUGGGUGAUGAGGAAGAGCUGGAGGCUUUAUGCGCCGAGAUCUCGUCUCAGAACCACUCGGGCGAGAGCCCCGACUCACCCGGCUGUCCGUGCUGCACCUUCACCUACGUCACCAUGACCGGCGAGGAGGUGGAGCUGUGCCCGGGUGGACGCAAACUUACCGUUAGCUGGGAGAACAAGGACACGUACGCCCGGGCGCUUCGUGCCCUGCGCCUACGCGAGCUCCAGAACUCGGAACGUACGAGCGCCGUGCGUGCAGGCCUGGGUUCCAUCAUCCCGCUGCAGCUCCUCACCAUGCUCAGCCCGUCAGAGAUGGAACUGCGCACCUGCGGCCUCCCCUUCAUCAAUCUGGAAUUCCUUAAGGCUCACACCAUGUACCAGGUGGGCCUGAUGGAGACGGAUCAGCACAUAGCGUUCUUCUGGACGGCGCUGGAGAUGUUCACGCAGGAGGAGCUCUGCAAGUUCAUCAAGUUCGCCUGCAACCUGGAGCGGAUUCCUUUCACCUGUCCGUGCAAGGACGGGGGGCCGGACACCGCCCACGUGCCUCCUUAUCCUAUGAAGAUCGCCCCCCCUGAUGGAGCCGUGGGUUCACCUGACCUGCGUUACAUCCGAGUGGAGACCUGCAUGUUUAUGGUGAAGCUGCCCCAGUACUCGUCGCUUGACGUGAUGCUGGAGAAGCUGCGCUACGCUAUACACUACCGCGAGGACCCGCUGAGCGGAUGAACGGGCUCUUUAAGACUCGUGACGCCACAUCACACACAACAGCCGAGUCUGAGUUUUGCCCCGGUCGUCUUGUUUUCAGGUCUGGUUUGACUGGUUUUGUUUACUGGAUGGCACCAGGUUAAAUCAGAGGUUAAAGCUUGACAUUGUACUCGAUGGUGAUGCCACGUGAAUGAAUGAAAGACGUGAAGAUGUGCUGCCUGCUGUGACCAUUCUAGAUGCCCGUACAGCAUAUUUCCGAUGGGAAUCCGAUAAUACACAUCAGUACACCUCCACAUAGAUUUUUUUGAUGCUGGGCACCCGAUGAGCGUCUGUAAAUACGAUGGGUUCAUACCCAUGGAACGUAGCCUCAUUGUAAAUCGAAAACUGUGACCCACAUUUUAUCUGUGAUUUUUAUUGUGACCCAGGCAUCAAAACAAAACACAACAAUAUUAAUAAAAACGGAAGCAAUCUGGUCCCACUGUGGUUUACACGCUGUAUCGUAAAGCCUCCACAAGUGGCGUCAGUGUACAAGUUCAUUUUGCGACACAUUUUUUGUACCUUGCAACCCACCCAAGGGUCGAGGCUAUAAUAUAUACAGCAUAGGGCGGCCAGGUGGCACAGCGGGAUAUUCCGCUAGCACACCAGCGCCGAGAUUCUGAACCCCUCGGUUCGGCCAUAUAUUAUACAUCUAGCCAUAUAUUAUAUAUAUAUAUAUAUAUAUAUACUGAUCAGCCAUAACAUUAAAACCACCUCCUUGUUUCUACACUCACUGUCCAUUUUAUCAGCUCCACUUACCAUAUAGAAGCACUUUGUAGUUCUACAAUUACUGACUGUAGUCCAUCUGUUUCUCUGCAUGCUUUGUUACCCCCUUUCAUGCUGUUCUUCAAUGGUCAGGACCCCCACAGGACCACCACAGAGCAGGUAUUAUUUAGGUGAUGGAUGAUUCUCAGCACUGCGGUGACAUUGACGAUUGAUGGUGGUGGUGUGUUAGUGUGUGUUGUGCUGGUAUGAGUGGAUCAGACACGGCAACCCAUGGGACGCUGCCCACAGGGCACUGUUAUGGCUGGAUAUAUUUGGUUGGUGGACUAUUCUCAGUCCAGCAGUGACAGUGAGGUGUUUUAAAACUCCAUCAGUGUCAGUGCUGCUGCGUCUAAUGCACUACAGUCAGUAAUUGUAGAAACAAGGAAGUGGUUUUAAUGUUAUGCUAUAUAUAUAUAUAUAUUAUGCCGACAACUUCUUAGUUUUAUGUGUAUGUAUGUAUUAUUAUCUUAAUUACAAUCACCUUACGAAGGGUUCAUACCCAUGGAACGUAACCCUAUUGUAAAUCGAAGACCGUCUGCAUGUACUAGGUCAGGGGCUUCAAACUCUUUUUCAAGUGACCCAGGCAACACAAAAAUGCAUCCAUCUUACUCUCUCAGCUCUGUACAAUCUGGUCCCACUGUGGUUUACAAGAUGUAACAUAAAGCCUCCACAAGGGGGCGCUCGUGUACAGGUUUAUUUAAUUAUUAUUAUUUUUGUCUAACCCUGUACUAGGUGUAUAUACUAGGUGUCACAGUGGCGCAGCACAUACUACAGGACCGACCUAAAGUGCCGAGUUCAAACCUCUGGUCAAACCUCACCUCACAGUUCACUGUCUGAGUACGGAACGCCCCUCCAUGUUCGCCUGGGGUUCCUCCCAAUACCCAAUACUAGGUGUUAGUAUUAGACCCAGCGUGACUCGGAUUAUUAUAGAUGAAUGUUUAUUUGAGAAAGCUCUACCUCCCACUUCUCUGACGAACAGUCUGUGUAUAUUAAGAAAGCUGUGUUCAUUUUAUUCGAUUUGUUUUAUUAUUAUUUUAUGCAUACGGACACGGUUGUCAAACCGGACGUCGGCAUUUAUGCAUCGAAGCAGACGUGUCGUGUUCUUUGGUUUGGUUGCCGUCCUCUGAUUCUGUGAAAUCCCUGCGUGCACCAGGCGCUGUACGAUGCCAAUAGAGUGUUUAUGUAUAUAUUUAUUUAAUUAAUUAUUUAUUUAUUUACAUCAGAUACGUUCUGCAUUGACGUGUUAUUCGAUACAGAUUUUAUUAAGAUUUAUUUUGAAUUGUAAUUUUCCCCUUUCUGUUCGUCAUAUAUAUAUAUAGUAUAUAAUAUCAAUAUAUAUUCCUUGAGUAUAUUGUAAUUAUUGUAAUACUCGAGGUGAAGUUAUAUAACAUUGUAAUACACAUACCUGCUCGGGAUGCUCAGAAGAACGGUUGGUACGUUGGUGGGCGUGGCUGCUGAAUCAAAGGACGCUCACUCUCCGUCUCUUUCUCCGAGCGAAGGGUCGCGGACGGACUUUUUUCCGAACAGCCUCGCAUAACGUAACGAGAAGCAAGAAAAAUCAGUGCAGUAUUGACUUUAUAUUUAUGACUCUUAUCUCUGAUUGCAUUUCCUCUUACCUCUGCACAUCUGUGAUGUACCGACAGACGUGCGAACGAAUCCUGCUGAUGUUCUAUCUUCAUUUCAGAACUCGUCACCAUGUAUUGAACAUGUAAUGAUGUGCACCGUUUGUAUGCAGAAGCUGUUUUAUCUUGCAUUAAAACGUUGACAUUGCACAGUGA